AUGGAGAAUAAGGCACUGAUUAAAAAAGACCUGGGUGGUUCUCUCCCAGUUGAGAAUGUUCAAGCUCUGGCUUCCAACAACUUGAAGGACAUCCCACCUCGAUAUCUCAGGCCUGAAGCUGAGCUUGAACAAGUUUCCAUUGAGGAAUCGCUUCAGAUUCCGGUGGUUGAUAUGGACAAGCUGGUAGGGGAUCCAUUGUUCCAUGAUGAUGAAAUGGCAAAACUUCAUUUGGCUUGUAAGGAAUGGGGAUUCUUUCAGUUGAUCAAUCAUGGGGUAUCAGAAGAACUGAUUAAGAAAAUGAAGACUGACACAGAGGAGUUCUUUGGGCUGCCAUUAGAAGUAAAGAAGGCAUAUGCAACACAGCCGAAUCACAUUGAAGGAUAUGGCCAAGCCUUUGUUGUUUCAGAAGAGCAAAAACUUGACUGGGGAGAUAUGCUGUUCCUUCUCACUCAACCAGUGCGCCAAAGGACACUCAUGUUCUGGCCUACCCUCCCCACUUCUUUCAGUGAGACAUUGAAUAGAUAUUCACAGGAGCUCCAACAAGUAACAAUCUACCUUCUGAAGUUCAUAUCGAGCAAUCUAGGAGUGAAUUUAGAGAUGGAAAGAAUGUUUGAUGAUGGUGUACAAGGAGCAAGAAUGAACUACUACCCACCAUGUCCGCAGGCAAACAAAGUUAUUGGUCUCACUCCACACUCGGAUGCUGUGGGCUUAACUCUACUACUCCAAGUAAAUGAAGUUCAAGGAUUGCAAAUCAGGAUAAAAGGAAAAUGGAUACCUAUAAAACCUGUAGUUGGUGCAUUCAUUGUCAACGUUGGCGACAUCAUUGAGAUAGUGAGCAAUGGAAUAUAUAAGAGCAUAGAGCACAGAGCAGUGGUGAACCCAGAGAAGGAACGCCUUUCAAUUGCCGCAUUCCACAGCCCAAAUAUUGGCAGCAUGAUCGGUCCUCUACCGGAUUUGAUCAAGGAGAAUGUAUCCAACUACAAGACGAUAAGUUAUGAGGAGUAUAUUAAACUUAUAGUGACCAGUAAACUUGAUGGUAAAAGUCUGCUGGACCAAAUGAGAUUGAACCAAGAACUUCAUUGAUUCU